AUGGAGGUAACUUUCUUCCAAGCUUAUAUUGAUGGCAUGCAUUUUGUGUUCACGGACAGCCCUAUGUUUCGCAAUAUUGAGGAAAAUAUAUAUGGGGGAGGCCGAGAGGAUAUUUUAAAACGCAUGGUUCUCUUCGGUAAGGCAGCUCUUAAGGUUCUCUUCUGUAAGCAUACCCGAUGUGUUCCUGUGAUCCACAACAUAGGACACCGGGGCCGUGGUCCAAUACGCGAUUUUUGUUGUGUGGAUCUUCCACAAAACUACUUCAAACUAUAUGACCCAGGAGGUGGGGAAUACUUCAAUGUCCUUGUGGCUGGCUUGAGUUCAGCAGAUCGUGUAGUCACUGUAAGCUAUGGUUACGCCAAGGAGCUAGAAACUAAAGAAGGGGGCUGGGGUCUGCGUCAAAUAAUCCAGCUUUAUGCACUGAGCUAUGGGGCAGUCCCUGUUGUUCAUACUGUUGGUGGAUUGAGAGAUAGUGUGUAG